AUGUUUUUUGUGCUGAACGUUUUUUCCCUUUACGAAUUAGAUCGUCUUUUGACCUUGAAUGAUUUGAUUAAUACCGUUUUGACAAGAUAUGAAAACAUUUUAAAAGGAAUAUUUGAUCAACCUAAAGAACUGAACCAACAAUCUCUUCUACAACCAAAAGCAAAGGAAGAAACAAUAUCCUCUUCAUCUGCAGUAAGUAAUUCCGAUUCGUGGUUAAUUGAUUUGAGCGAACCUGAACCACCAUUAGGCCAAAUUAGAAUCACUUCAAAUACGAACACAACAACAUCCUUUUCUUCAACAAAUGAAUCGAUAUUAAACAAUUCAACUUCUUUUGAUAAAGGUUUUAUUAAAGCAGAUGAAGAAAAUGAAUUCAAUAUCUAUUUUCAACGUAAUGAACAUGAAGUGGAAGUUUUAAGCGAAGAUUUGGAAGUGAUUGAUAGCAGAAGGCAAGCCUGCACCUAG